AUGGGGGUGCUGAUGUCCCGGCGGCAGACGGUGGAGCAGGUGCAGAAGGUCAGCCUGGCCGUCUCGGCCUUCAAGGACGGGCUCCGCGAACGGCCCGCCGCCAAGCGCCCGGCCGAGGGGGCCGCCAGCCGCCGCGGGACCCUGGAAGAGCACGCCGUGCAGGAGCUCCGCGAGGAGGAAGAGGAGGCGGCGGCGGCGGGGGGAGCCUCCCGGCCGGGGGGCUGCAGGGGCGCGAGCGCCGCCUGGGCCAGGCUGCGGGACGGGCGCGGCGUGGAACCCGAAGACCUGGACCGGCCGGGCUCCUUCUCGCCCCCGGCCCUGGUCCGCCCCGUCCGGCCGCCGCCCGAAGAGGAGGAGCGGCUGGAGAUCAGCCUGGAGCAACGCGAGCAGGUGACCAACGAUGAGAUGUGUGAGGUGUGUGAGGUGUGGACGGCAGACAGCCUCCUGCCCUGCCGGGUGUGCACCAAGGUCUACCACGACGGAUGCCUCCAGCGCAUGGGCCUGCUCUCCCCGGCCGAGGCCUCCCAGGCCAUCGAGGCAGCCCACUCGGCGGUCGGCUGGAGCUGCUACCACUGUGAUAACCUGAACUCGCUGCUCACCGAAGAGGAGAUGACCUCCCUCUGCGAUGCCUUCCGGCAGAGCAACAUCCCACCUGAGAGCAGCCUGAGCCUGGAGGACUUCCUGCGCUAUAAGGGCCUCGGGGGGCAGCCCAGCAACGAGGAAGAAAAGGCUCUCCACGCCCUGCAGUUCAGGGCCCUGGACCCUGGGCAGAAGGGCCGCGUCACCUGGACGGAUUUCCUCUCCCAUGAGUCCCUGCUGCUGCUGCAGAGAACACGCACGCAGGAGGGGCUGCUGCACCUGCUGACGGGCAAGGAGAGGGAGCGGGCGCGGGAGGCCUUCCUGGCCCUCAACCGCCAGGGGGACGGGCUCAUCAGCCAGGAACAGAGCCGACGCUCCCAGCACGCUUGGUUCCGAAAGCGGCCUCCGGGGGUUCCCUCCUCCAUCGCCAGCGCCAGCCAGGCGGACGCCGUCUCUGAAGACAACAGCCCAAAGCAGGAGGACCAAGAGCUUCCCAAAGAAGAGCCAGGGGAACUCAGCAGGACCGUCACCUGGCCGGCCUUUUUGAGAGAAAGCACCAUCUACAUCCUUGCUGCCCGGCCCAACAGUGCCGCCAUCCAUCUCAAGCCAUCGAUGUGA